ACCCGUCCCAGGGACACGAAGCUGCGGGCUUUGGGGUGUUGUUGCUUAGUGGUCCCUGAACUCUAUGACUUUAGUGGAAUUAUAAUACACCAUGGCGUAUAAUGCAAACACUGCUGGGGAUGCUAACCAGUUGGCCCAACGUAUAACAUCUAAUAUACAGAAAAUCACACAAUGCACUGCAGAAAUACAAAGAAUACUGAAUCAACUUGGAACCCCACAAGACACACAUGAAUUGCGGCAACAGCUGCAACAAAAGCAGCAAUAUACAAAUCAACUUGCGAAAGAGACAGACAAAUACAUAAAAGAAUUUGGAUCUCUGCCUUCAAUAAGUGAGCAGCGACAGAGAAGAAUUCAAAAGGAUCGACUAGUGAAUGAGUUCACCACAACACUUACAAAUUUCCAGCGGGUCCAAAGACAAGCUGCUGAGAAGGAGAGAGAAUUUGUAGCAAGAGUUCGAGCCAGCUCUAGAGUAUCAGGUGGUGCCCCAGAAGAAAGUUACAAAGAAGGAACCCUUGUAUCUUGGGAUAGCCAACCUCAGACCCAAGUACUAGAUGAAGAAAUCACAGAAGAUGAUCUUCGGCUCAUUGAAGAAAGAGAAUCAGCCAUCAGGCAGCUGGAGUCAGACAUUCUUGACAUAAAUGAAAUAUUUAAAGAUUUGGGGAUGAUGAUUCACGAACAAGGGGAUGUGAUAGAUAGCAUAGAAGCUAAUGUAGAAACAGCUGAAGUCCACGUUCAGCAAGCAAACCAGCAGUUAUCGAGAGCAGCAGACUACCAGCGCAAGUCCCGGAAGAAAAUAUGCAUCCUCAUUCUUAUACUUGCAAUAGGAUUAACGGUCCUUGGGCUAAUUAUAUGGGCAUCAGUAAAGUAAGGAUAAAUUAUGCAAGAGCUUCUGGUCAUGUCCCAUUGUGAAAGCUGUUCAGUAAAUGAUAUGUCAAGCUUGAUAAUUUCUGCUUUAUCACAAGGUGCAUUUUUAAUCCCAAGAGUGCUUUUUCUUGGCUUCUAUAUUAGGAUUAAUUUGAAAUUAUCACAUCUAUCUAAUUCACCAAUAUUUAACCCUGGGAUAGGCAAGUUUUUAUAUAGUACCUCCUUUUCAUUUCUUCUCCUCUGGGCCAAACUACUUGGAAUACUGCAUACAAGGACAUUUUUACCUCAUUGGAUCAAGUGGGUCAACCUUUCACACAUGGAUCAAAAGCUAGAUAGAGGGUGGGUGCUGUCAGUUGUCAAGCACCAAUUUAAUCUAUCAAUUUAAUUGCAACUUUAUAGGAACAAAUACUUUUUUAAAAAAACAAAGGCUGUCUUUCUGAUAGACAUGUCAUAUGUCUCAUCUUUGAGAUAUCAUGUAUUGUUUAUUGACUCCAUAAAUCAUAGAACUAUCUACAUCAGUGUU